AUGCAGAGCUCGGUAUUACCUGCUGAUGUUGAUACCUCGCCAUCGAGCGAUACGCUCAAGCAAGAGGAGAGUGGUGAUGAUGACGAAGAAGACGAAAGGGGGACGGAUGGCAGGCGGCUAGGAGUGCAUGGCGGAGGACUGGAGCGCGAGGAAGAGGACAGGUCACGGUGCGCCGUGGGCGUAGAUGCUGUUGUGCCCCACCACGGCGACACGGAAGCGGUGAUCGGCGGUGGCCACAGCUUCAGCGUGAUCGCGAGGAAGAACGCGCAGAGCGCCGUGCCGUCAGGAGGCGCUCCAGCGUGCGAGCUGGACGACCCUCUCCGUCGAGGCCGAGCUGUACGCCAUGGAGGCGACGCGGCAUAUGCCGAUGCGCAAGCAGCGCAUAGCGAGCGCGAUGUGAGGCAGGAGGCGCUGCAGGAGACCACGGAGGUGACGAGGGACACGACCGUGACGUCAAACCACGUCGCUCUCGACGGCAGCAAAGUGAAUGGCCUGGCCGCGGGUGCCGUUGGCACCGCUUCUGCUAUCAGUUCGGCCGUCAGUGUCACCCGCUCCAAGCGGCGUCCGCCGCCCGAGACGAAGGAGACGGUGCCGGCGAAGGCGGUGAGCAGCGAGGUCGAAGCGAUGACGCGACCCGCAUCGCAUUACAACAGUCACGACGAAGAAGCACGUGAAGUUCGAGAGCAAGAGCAGGAGCUGCUGGCACAGCUGGAGCACAAGGUCAAGGGGCUGUACGUGCAGGAGGAGGAGGAGCAGGCGCGCGCGAAGUGGGCUGGACUACACGAGACGCUAGCCUCGGCACCAUACACACCCGCGCAGUCCGAGCGGGAGAAGACGCUGAAGUAG